AUGGCCGGCCAUUUUGGAAGACACUUAUUACACGCAGACAAGAACGUCGAGAAGUUCUCUGACUUUAGAGAAAACCUUAUCAGACACUACAAAUGGAACAUCAAGUCCGCCGGCAUUGCAGUGCUCUUUCUUGCUGCAAUCCCUGUCGGCCUCUCCUAUAUCGGUUACAAGUACCAGGACGUCAACUGUAUCGCAAAGAGAAGAACAACUUCCAUCUGGCAAGCGGAAAACAACUGGGUCCCAAGAUCUUAA